GAAUUAAAAGUAUGAGGAUAGAUAUUGAAAUAAGAAAAAAGAAAGCCCCUCAAAAGAAACGCGGAAAGGACUAGCCGUUGGGUGUGGGGGUUUCUCAGAUUCAAAAUCUCUCUCUCACGCACCUUCGUAAAGACAAAACAAGCCUAAAACACGUUCAUCUUCUUCUUCAACUCUACCACAAGACAGAGAGAACAGAAACCUCUCUCUCACUAUCUCCUUCUCUCACAUUCUUUUUUUAAUUUUUUCUAUCGUCGAUCUGAGACGAUUCUAUAUUCCUCGCUGCCUCUUCAGUUUUGCCUGUGGAGGUGACAAUGAGAACUCCCGGAACUCCAGUUUCGAAAACAGACAGAACACAAGCUGUAACGCCAGGUGGAAGCAGCUCAAGAUCGAGGGAGGAGAAGAUUGUUGUUACCGUGAGGCUAAGGCCACUGAACAAGAAAGAACUGUUGGCUAGAGACCAAGUGGCUUGGCAAUGUGUUGAUAGUCACACCAUUGUCUCUAAACCACAAGCUCCUCAUGAACGCUCUCAUCACCAGUCCUCUUUUACCUUCGAUAAAGUGUUUGGACCAGAGAGUUUCACUGAAGAUGUGUAUGAAGAUGGUGUUAAGAAUGUUGCAUUAUCUGCUUUGAUGGGCAUAAACGCUACGAUAUUUGCAUAUGGACAAACGAGCAGUGGGAAGACAUAUACCAUGAGAGGAGUAACGGAGAAAGCUGUCAAUGAUAUCUACAAUCACAUCAUUAAGACCCCUGAAAGAGAUUUCACAAUCAAGAUUUCUGGUCUGGAAAUAUACAAUGAAAAUGUGAGGGAUCUGCUCAAUUCUGAGUCUGGUCGUGCUCUUAAACUCCUUGAUGACCCUGAGAAAGGGACUGUGGUUGAAAAACUGGUGGAAGAAACUGCUAAUAACGAUCAACACUUGAGGCAUCUGAUUAGCAUUUGUGAAGCUCAAAGGCAAGUUGGAGAGACUGCUUUGAAUGAUACAAGCUCCCGGUCACACCAAAUAAUCAGACUGACGAUACAAAGCACUCACCGAGAAAAUUCAGAUUGUGUGAGGUCAUACAUGGCUAGUCUGAACUUUGUGGACUUAGCAGGAAGUGAGAGAGCAUCACAGUCGCAGGCAGAUGGAACUAGACUCAGGGAAGGUUGCCAUAUUAAUCUAAGUCUAAUGACCCUUACAACUGUCAUAAGGAAACUAAGUGUGGGGAAAAGAUGUGGCCACAUACCUUACAGAGACUCCAAGCUCACUCGGAUAUUACAGCAUUCACUCGGUGGAAAUGCCCGAACAGCCAUUAUAUGUACACUGAGUCCAGCUUCCACUCAUGCUGAACAAUCAAGAAAUACUCUAUACUUCGCCAACCGAGCCAAGGAAGUUACAAACAAUGCUCAAGUGAAUAUGGUUGUCUCUGAUAAGCAACUAGUGAAACAUCUUCAGAAAGAAGUGGCUAGAUUGGAGGCAGAGCGUCGCACCCCUGGUCCAUCAACAGAAAAGGAUUUCAAGAUCCAGCAGAUGGAAAUGGAAAUGGAAGAGCUUAGGAGACAGAGAGAUGAUGCACAAAUCCAACUUGAGGAGUUGCGCCAAAAGCUUCAAGGAGAUCAACAACAAGAUAAGGGCUCAAAUCCAUUUGAAUCACCAGACCCACCGGUCAGAAAAUGUCUUUCCUAUUCUGCAGCAUUGACGCCUAGCGCGGAGAACAAGACUCUAAACCGGAAUGAGAGAGCAAGAAAGACAACCAUACGUCAAUCUAUGAUACGCCAGUCAUCAACAGCUCCUUUCACACUGAUGCAUGAGAUCCGAAAACUCGAACACCUUCAAGAACAGCUUGGGGAGGAAGCAACAAAGGCACUUGAAGUACUCCAGAAGGAAGUAGCUUGCCACAGACUAGGGAACCAAGAUGCAGCUCAGACGAUCGCUAAGCUUCAAGCUGAGAUAAGGGAGAUGCGUACUGUGAGAUCAUCCACAGAUGUCAUAGCUCCUAACAAGAGUGUAAGUGCCAACCUCAAGGAAGAGAUAACAAGGCUCCAUUCACAAGGAAGCACAAUCGCAAAUCUGGAGGAGCAGCUUGAUAAGCUGGUGAUGUCGCUUCCAAGCAAUAUCAAUGGUGGAGAUGAAACCACCCCAAAGACCAAAAAUCAUCAUCCAAAGAAGAAGAAGCUUCUUCCAUUAACUCCAAGACGCCAGAGUUUCUUGAAAUCUCCAUGCUCACCUCUUUCAUCUUCCAAGCAAGUCUUGGACUGUGAUGCCGAGAACAAAGCUCCUCAAGAGAACAACAGCUCUGCAACUACGCCACAAGAGACUCCACAGAAAGGAGAAGAAAGCGGAGAUGUCUCGUCAAGAGAAAGCACUCCUCUAGGUUACAGGAGAUCAAGCUCAGUGAACAUGAAGAAAAUGCAGCUAAUGUUCCAAAACGCAGCGGAGGAGAACGUGAGAAGCAUAAGAGCAUACGUGACCGAACUCAAAGAGCGUGUGGCUAAACUGCAGUACCAGAAACAACUUCUCGUUCAUCAGGUACUUGACUUGGAAAAUGAUGGAGCUGGAUACAGCGUAGAGAACGAGGAGAAGACUGUAGAAGAAGACGAAGAGCUCAGUCAAGUGGCGUGGCAUAUAACUUUCAUAGAGGAAAGAGAACAGAUCUUAGAGCUGUGGCAUGUCUGUCACGUCUCCAUCAUUCGCAGGACACAGUUCUAUCUACUCUUCAAAGGUGAUCAAACCGAUCAAAUCUACAUGGAAGUGGAGCUUAGACGGUUAACUUGGUUAGAACAACAUCUAGCAGAAGUAGGUAACGCAACUCCAGCUCGAAAUGGCGAUGAAUCUGCAGUAGUAUCUCUAUCAUCAAGUAUAAGAGCAUUGAGAAGAGAGAGGGAGUUUCUGGCGAGAAGGAUCAACUCGAGACUGACGCCUGAGGAGAGAGAAGAGCUGUACAUGAAGUGGGACGUGCCGCUGGAAGGGAAACAUAGGAAGCUCCAGUUUGUGAACAAGCUAUGGACUGAUCCUUACGACUCAAGGCACGUGCAAGAGAGUGCAGAGAUUGUUGCGAAGCUUGUUGGGUUCUGUGAGAGUGGUAAUAUCUCUAAAGAGAUGUUUGAGCUCAACUUCGCACUGCCUUCUGAUAAGAGACAGUGGAACAUUGGCUGGGACAACAUCUCUAAUCUUCUUCAUCUCUGAAGAAUUUAUAUUUGUAAAAAAAAUACACGACACAGAGUACUCUCUUGGUUAUAUCAUUGUGUUUGUAGUACUAAUACCUUGUCAAAUUUGAGACUAAAAAACUAUAACGAUCAGAUGAUUAUCAUAUCCAUGAAGAAUAAAAUUGGACUUUAUUGUGAUGAAGUAGAGAAAAUAGCUUUGAAUAUUGUA